CCCCCCAAUACGACCCCACCAAAGUCGCCUUCCUCGUCGAAACGCGACCUCUCCCCCACCUCCCCGCCCUCUUCGCACACAUGACCUCCGUCGUGCCCCCGGAAUGGACAUUCAAGUUCAUGGGCUCGCCGACAACCAUCCAAUUCAUGCAAUCGCAUCCUCUCAUCUCCCGCCUGGAACAUUCAGGGAAACUCACUUUCUUAAACCUACCCAAUAAAUAUAGUCUGAAAAGUCGCGAGACGAUUUCGAGGAUGUUUACCGAUCCCCAUUUGUACCACGAGAUCCUGGCGCCGGCGGAAAAUCUGCUGGUUUUUCAGCCGGAUGGGAUUUUUUGCGCGGCGGCGCCGAGGACGUUGAAUGAUUUUCUGGUGUAUGAUUGGAUUGGGGCGCCUUGGGCGACGGAUGCGGAGUUUGGUGGGAAUGGAGGGUUGUCUUUGAGGAAGGUGUCGAGGAUUUUGGAGGUGUUGAAGAUGGAGGAGAGAGAGAAGAAUAGUCCGGAGUUGGAGGAUUUGUGGUUGAGUAAUCGACUGGCCAAGCUGCCUGGAUCAAAGAUGGCGGUUGCGGAUGUUAGUAAGACUUUUAGUGUGGAAAGUGUGUGGGAUGAUGCCCCAUUGGGAUAUCAUAUUGGGUGGUUGGGAGUGCAUCAUGAGCAGGUAAGUUUCUUUGACAGCGAGGAAGAGAGAUACUUUCAUGUCUCUUCCUUCUUGUGCUGCAAACUUGCACUGACUGACUUAUACAACAGAUUUGGGACGUCCCAUCGCAGGUCGAUCAUGUUUUGAAAUAUUGCCCUGAAGUCAAAAUGAUAUUGGGUAUGAAGCUUGAUAACGAUAAACCAAAAACGAUCCAAGAUGAGGAAGCAAAAGAGAAAAGUGCAUGAUAUAUAGGAGUACCGAAUACCCAGGGAAAAGC